UAAUUCUAAACAAACAAACAGUUUUCCACUUCGAAAUACACAAAUUUUCAGCUAACAACCAUAAACAAUGGCUGAAUUGAUUGUUCCAAAGAUAAUUGAUCAAUUAAGUGAUGCUCUCAUGAAGCAGCUUGGGGAGAAGGUCAACCUGGUGAUGGGGGUUGAAGAGGAGGUGGCAAAUAUCUCCUCUAAGUUGGCAACCAUUGAAAAAGUGCUGCAUGAUGCAGAGAGACGAAGGCUGAAGGACAGAAGUGUUGGAAUUUGGCUAGAAAAGCUUGAGGACAUAACAUAUGAGAUGGAUGAUGUGCUGGACGAAUGGAACUUCAAGAUUCACAGAGCAAAGAAUGAAGGAACUAACCAGAAUGCCGGAUUGCAGCCUACACUGUGGAACAAGAUAAUACUCAUUGAUGGCUCAAAAUGAAGCUACAGCAGAAGGCCUUGGGGAUCAACCUGUACGUCAACUUUUCACUUGGGUUCAUGUAAAAUUUCAAAUAAUUGUAAAUAUGGUUGAAAAGGCACAUCCAUUUGCUUUGUUCAAAAUCAUUUGUUGAAAGCGUUUGCAACCUUACCAAUUUCUAGAUUGAAUUUCAAGUAGUUAAAAAA